GUGUGGGUGUACUUGAGCUCAUUAUGACUUCACAGAAGAUUAACUAUGCACCCGAGGUUGAUAAAGUCUGCAAAGGGCUUGAGGCAGUAAAUCUCAAAAGUUCAGAAAUAUUGGAGCAUCCAAAGGCACAGAACCAGAUUUGCAAUGAAGGUCGCCAGAAUGCCUUGGCUGAAAUCUUGGAGAUAUUUACAGUGGUAUGUGAAACUUACAAAUUACCUCUGGCUCAGACCUGGGUUCCUUGCAGCCAUCGCAGUGUUCUAGCUGGUAGUGGUGGUUUGAGAAAGAGCUGCUUUAGCUUUGAUGGAAGCUGCAUGAGCCAAGUCUGCAUGUCCACGACUGAUGUAGCAUUCUACGUUGUAGAUGCUCACAUGUGGGGUUUUAGGGAGGCCUGUGCUGAGCAUCACUUACAAAAGGGACAGAGGGUUGCUGGGAGGGCAUUUGAGUCCCAUAACUCAUGCUACUGCAACAAUAUUACCCAAUUCUGCAAAACUGAGUACCCCUUAGUACACUAUGCAUGCAUGUUUGGGCUGACUUGCUGUUUUGCAAUCUGUUUGCAAAGUACUCACACUGGAAAUGAUGAUUACAUUCUAGAAUUCUUUUUGCCCCCUAGUAUCAUAGACAGUGGAGACCAACAGACCUUGUUGGACUCCCCAUUGGCAACAAUGAAGCAGCAUUUUCAGAGUCUUAGGGUUGCUUCUGGAAAAGAAUUUGAAGAGGAGGAAAAAUCUGUCGAAAUUAUCAAAUUGCCUAUGAAUGAGAAGCUUGAUUCCAGACUUGAAUCUAUUCAAAUAUCGCAAUCUACUCCAUCUCUACCUGGGCCUGAUAUCUUGCCAAGCAGGGGAGAGAUGCAGCAGCUAGAUUCCACGAAACAUCAAUUAAUGGUGGAGUUUGAUGCUAUAAAGGAUAGAGGGAAUGUUGCAAGUGGUAUCAUCAAGUUUGUGAGUGACAACACAGCCGUGGAGGCAAUGGUUUUUGUGGUGAGUUUCGAGAAGGAUUAUGUUGCGACUCGGCUGAAUUUUGUGACCGAGAGGUUCAUGGGUAUACUGCGACUCUCUCGGGAAGCUGUUAAGCUGUUGUUUGUGUACUUGUACUCGCCGAGGUCAUCUUGA